AUAUUUGAAAAUUGCGUUGUUUGUAUUGAUUUUGUUACACAGAUUUUAGCAUUUUGGGAGGGUUUGGCCGGACGUGCCACGUCACGCAGCAUGAAUCCAUCCAUUGGUCAAACACAAGCAUAGGCUAUGCUGCUCCUUUUUCCUCCCUAUGGCAGUUUUACGCCUCAAACAGUAAAUAAUAUUUUGCCCAAUCAGCCUAACAAAGCGCAUACCUUUGAGAAACACUUUUUUAUGACUUUCAUAUGCAUUUUUAAUCGGCUUUGUUAUCGUUUAUAGUAGUCGUUCUCUUUGUGUUGGUUUGUUUUGCAUCACUUAUCGAGACAAUGGAGUCUCUACGCCAUCAGCGCUUACAGCCCGGUAUCGGAUACGGAGCGAGCGCGACCGGGACGCUUCGGUCCCUGCGGCCCGGUGUAACGGGCACUCUCUCCUCGGCACAGGGUUCCCGCAUCUCGGUGUCUGCUUCCCCGGGGCCACCGCCACCACUGCCGCCCCUUCAGCUCCAUACCCUCGGGUCCGGUAUCAUGGGCAGCGGGUUCGGUUCGGUGGACAUGGCGGCGGGUCUGGGUCUGUCCAAUCCCACCAACCCGGCGGUUCUGCGGGAGGCGGUGGACGCGGUGGUCAGGAGCUUUGCCAAACACACGCAAGGAUAUGGCAGGGUCAAUGUCGUGGAGGCCUUACAGGAGUUCUGGCAGAUGAAGCAGUCACGGGGUGCUGACCUGAGGAACGGCGCUCUUGUGGUCUACGAGAUGGUCCCGUCCAACAACCCUCCUUACGUCUGCUACGUCAGUCUCCCCGGGGGCAGUUGCUUCGGGAGUUUUCAGUUCUGCCCGACCAAAGCCGAAGCGAGACGGAGCGCGGCCAAAAUUGCCCUAAUGAAUUCUGUUUUCAAUGAGCAUCCAUCUCGACGCAUCACAGAUGAGUUCAUAGAGAAGAGUGUGUGUGAGGCUCUUGCCUCUUUUAACGGAAACCGAGAAGAAGCUGAUAAUCCUAGCACAGGCAUCGGUGCUUUUCGCUUCAUGUUGGAGUCUAAUAAGGGGAAGUCUAUGCUAGAGUUCCAGGAACUGAUGACAGUUUUCCAGCUUCUCCAUUGGAAUGGUAGUCUCAAAGCCAUGAGAGAAAGGCAGUGCUCCCGUCAGGAAGUGCUCGCUCAUUACUCGCACCGAGCGCUGGACGACGACAUGCGUACACAAAUGGCCGCCGACUGGGUCAGCCGAGAACACACUUUAUCCGGAACCAUCAAUCGAGAGAUGGCCGCCACCGAGCGCGAGCUGGAAGAGGCUCGUCUGGCGGGACGGGAGCUGAGGUUUUAUAAGGAAAAGAAAGACAUUCUUCUAAUGGCAGUGGGGCAGCUAGGUGGGUCAAACACUACAACUCUGCCCUGCACAUGCUGAAGAGUAUGAAGACGUGUCAGACAUGGCAUAUGAUUGUACCAGGGAGCACUCCAAAACUCAAAACACUCUUUUUUUUUUAACUAUGUAUGGAAGUGUGUUUGUGUGUGAGUCAAAGAAUCAGCAUUUAGAAUAAUUCCACAGACAUGAAUUUUUUUAUUGAUUCUGUCUCAAGGCAUUUUGACCUUGAAACCGAAUCAAGUGCUAUCAUUACUAUACCAGUAUUAUCCUCUAGUGUUACUGAUUGGCUGGACAUACUAUGUCUGAGUCGGGGAAAUCAGUUUUGAGGCCUUCUUAAAAAUCUUUGCAUUGUAUUCUCAUGAAUCCUAUUACACAUGGGCGCUGCUGCUUCUUUCUUUAGCUAACUCGCCAAAGCAAUGCCCAUUAGUUUUUGUUGUGUGGACAACGAUAUAGUAAUUUCCAAUAUUCCGCAUUUAUAUUCACAAAAUAGCCUUGCUCAUUUAUUUGCUACAUAUGUGUGCUUUCGGUGAAUAUACAACCUUUUCUUUGUUAUGUUACUCUAAAUGUUUAUGUAAACACGCAUUUAUAUACAGUACUUUUAAGUUAACUAAACUUUUCCGCGAGAGCCAUAAGUGUUUGCUAAGGAAGCAACCGCACUAUAUUUUAUAACACAAAAGUCAGAUUUUCUCACACUGUCAUAGUUCAGGAAACACACCAAGGCUGUUUCCUCUUGUCUAUGAAGCCGUGCCCUCGUUCGAUUGCCUGUUACCUUUGUGAUUGUAGAGCAAUCAUGCUCAUUUCAAGGCAAGGUUUUAUUUCUACCUCCUUUCUCAAAACUUUUGUGAAUUUCUUUUACCAUAUAUACAUAUAAGUGCAGAUGGGAUUUGUGUUAAGAUGAGCAAUGCUUUGCAAUUAGGUGCUUCACUAGCCACACCGGCUGGCAGUCAAGAUUUUUGUAAUAAUUAAGAUUUUUAAUCAUUUUGAAAUAAGUCUCAUAUGCUGAUUUGAUGUUUGGUUAUUGUCAAUCAUUAUUGGUUGGUCAGUUAUUAAUGAUGGCUCUUAUUAUUAUCAUCAAUGGUGAAUUUCUUUUGCUGCUUAAGAAAAUACAGGUGAAAUAAAAAAAGAAUAUCAUGCAAAAGUUUAUUUAUUUCAGUAAUUCAUCUUAAAAGGUGAAACUAUUAUAUUAUAUUGACUCAUUGCAUGCAAAGUGAUGUAUUUCAAGCCUUUUGAUGAGUCUAUAUAAUAUAUUAGUUUCACCUUUUAAGUUGAAUUACUGAAACUUUUGCACAAUAUUCACAUUUUUCGAGUUUCACCUGUAUUUUUGAUGAAUAGAAAAGGGAAAACUUUUGUAACAUGAUUUAAGUGUCACUUCAUUGAAUAGAAGUUCAUUUAAGUUUUUUAAAGCUCGAUCUUACCCCAAACUUUUAAGUGGUAGUGUAUCACAGUUUCCCCCAAAAAAACAUUGUUGUAUAAAACUGUUUACUACAGAGCUCCGAACAUAACAUACGGGAAAAAAUAAUGUACACGGUCAGCACAUUUUACUAAUAUGUUCCUUCGUUUUAAAGGGAUAGUUCACCCAAAAAUAUAAAUUGUCAACACUAAAGAAGAUAUUCUUUAUGUUGGUAACCAAAAAGUGAAAAAAUAAAUAAAUAAUUAAAUAUA